CCUCAUCCCAGCUCUGCCCGAGCGCCGUCAGGAGCCAUGGCCCCUUCCAAUGCAUCCACUUCAGCGGAUCCCUUUGCCCGCCAAGGCUUUUGGGGUCCUGUUACCGCUACUCUUGAUUGGUGCGAGGAGAAUUACAAAUUUUCGCACUAUAUAUGCGAGGUCGCCAAUACAUUCUCGAAUGUGUUCACCAUAUGGAUCGCGUUGCACGGCGCGCGGAAGACGCUGGAACAGUCCCUUCCCAAGCGGUUUCUUGUGGGAUGGCUGGGUUUUGCCCUCGUAGGAAUUGGCAGUUUCGCGUUCCACGCGACUCUUCUCUACGAAGCGCAACUCGCAGACGAGCUGCCAAUGAUAUUUGUCGCAAGCUACAGCGCGUUUAUCUUGUACAAUACGGAGACUGGAUUUGGCCACCGGAACCUGCGAUCCUACUUCCUUGCUCUUGCGGUUGCCGCGUUUGAUAUUCUGUUUACAUGGUCAUACGCUACGUGGUACCGCAACCCCAUGUAUCAUCAGAUCGUCUUUGCUUUGCUGGUGAUCGCUACCAGCUCUAGGGUCACCUACCUCAUCCGCUGGUCUCCGGCCUCAAUGCGAGUCCCUGACAAGACACGCUCCUCAAUUCUGCAGAUGUUCUGGACCGGUGCUGGACUGUUCGCUCUUGGUUUCGGAAUAUGGAACAUGGACAACGCUCUGUGCGGCACCUUAACUCGUUGGAAAGCAAGCAUCGGAUGGCCUGCGGCGUUGCUUCUCGAAGGUAACGAACGUAAUUUCUUGCCGUUUACUCGUCAUGCUGAACCCCAAGCAGGACACUCGUGGUGGCAUGUCUUCACUGCAUGGGGCACAUAUCUCAUGAUAUCUGGUGUCAUUUGUGAGACUGUAUGUGUCAAGGAUGACCCUCGACGAUACAGACUGGGAGGGUCCUCUGGACUUCCUCAUGUCGAAAUCGUGAAACUCACGAAGACACAAUGAUCAGUUGUCGAUACCAUGCAAUUCGGACGCCAUGAGUGCCGGCGCUGAACCUGUUAAAUUUGACACUGAUAUCUGUUAGAAACCGGGUUCUGAGCUCAUAUUCAAUGUUGUCUUGCGGUACUGUUGUAAUUUCCUGUACGCAUCCUCCCAAUCAACAACGUUGUUCAA